AUGCGAAGGAAAACUUGUGAAAUUUGUCAACGAGCCAAGAAUCGACAUAAAACUAGGAAAAAAACUGGAAUUUUUUGGCACAGCAGUCAUGGUUUAAAUCGUAUAGAUUGGAGAUACAGGACUACUAGAAAAUUAUUCCAGAAAUCAUCGGCAAUGUUGGUAAUGCGUAACAACAGACAUGGAACUAAUGAAGUUGAUAAGCAUGAAGGAUCUAAAAUUACCAACAUUGUAAUGCGUAGCAACAAACAUGGAACUAAUGAAACUGAUAAACAAGAAGAACCUAGAUUUAAUCCUAAUCCUAGAUUGCAAGCCCUCAUAGAAUUAUUUGAAAAAGAGGAUGAGUUAGAAGAAGUGCAUUCUCCAAAUAAGAGUGCAACUAUUCUGUCAGAAUUCGUGAAUGAUGUUGAAGCUGUUGAUGAUUCACUUCAGCCAUCUACUUCGACUUAUGUUAUGAAUCAGAUAUCAAAAGCAAUUCCAGUCGCUCAGUCCAAAUCAGCAGAAAAAACUAGCUUAGCACAUUUCAAGUUUAGUGCUUGUUUCGACUAUUAUUUAUCAACUAGACUUACAUGA